AUGGUUGAAGGUAACAAUACGUUUACAUCCAUGUUUAUUCUCCUGGGCUUCACAGACCGAGCAGACCUGCAGAUGAUAUGCUUUGUCUUAUUUCUUGCUGUCUAUGUGGUCACUUUAAUGGGAAAUCUGGGAGUAAUUAUAUUAAUCAGAACCAAUUCAUGCCUGCACACCCCCAUGUACUUCUUCCUAAGCCACUUGUCUCUCCUGGACAUCUGCUACUCCUCUACCAUCAUCCCUCAAACCUUGCUGAACUUUUUGGUGGAGGAGAAGGUUAUUUCUUUCAUUAGGUGUGCUGCUCAGCUCUUCUCCUUUGCCACCUGUGCCACCACUGAGUGCUAUGUGCUGGCUGCUAUGGCUUAUGAUCGCUACAUGGCCAUCUGUAACCCCCUGCUCUACUCUGCGGUCAUGUCCCAGCGCCUUUGCCUUGGGAUGCUGGCUGGUGCCUACUUGGCUGGUGUGAUCAGCUCCACCAUACACACGGUUUCCAUCUUUCGUCUCCCGUUCUGCCGGUCCAAGAGGAUCAACCAUUUCUUCUGUGAUGGCCCACCGCUGCUAGCCCUCUCCUGCUCUGACACCCAUGUCAACGAGGCAAUUGUUUCUGCUGUGGUGGGGUUCAAUGUGCUAAGCACCACAGUCUUCAUCCUAGCCUCCUACUUGUCCAUCCUCUCCACUGUCUUCAGGAUCUCCUCCAUGGCUGAUCGGCACAAAGCCUUCUCCACCUGUACCUCUCACCUGGUCUCCAUCGCUCUGUACUACGGCAGCUCCCUCUUUAUGUACCUGCGCCCUGGCUCCGGACGCUCCCUGGGCCAUGACGAGGUGGUCUCCAUGCUGUACAGCGUUGCAGUCCCCAUGCUGAACCCUCUCAUCUACACCCUCAGGAACACCGAUGUGAAGAACACCAUGAGGAAAUCCAAAGGUAGGGUCAUCUCCGCUUUGUCCACCUGUGGUUCCUGGUGGGCUGAAAGGAGAGGGUUACACUGCUGUGGUGAGGAGGGCUUGGUAUUGCACCUUCGGGAGGAAAGGUUAGAAAUGAUAGGUGGAGAAAACUUCACCGUCUUGUCUGGCUUCAUCCUUUUGGGCUUCUCUGAUGCCCCAGAGCUACAAACCACCAUCUUCACAAUUUUCUUAUGCCUGUAUGUUUUAAUGGUGCUGGGGAACCUGAUGAUUAUCCUGCUCAUUAACACUGACCCCCAGCUCCACACCCCCAUGUAUUUCUUCCUGACCCACUUAUCUUUCGUAGAUUUUUGCCUCUCCUCUACUGUUGUCCCAAAAGCACUGGAGACCUUCCUUCUGGGGAGAAGCCACAUCUCUUUUUUGGGUUGCUUGGCCCAGGUAUAUUUUUUUGUAGCUUUGAUGAUCUGUGAGUGCUUCCUCCUGGGGGUGAUGGCUUAUGACCGGUACAUGGCUGUGUGCAAGCCGCUGCUUUACACCACUGCCAUGUCCAGGGUGCGUUGCUAUGGCAUGAUGGUGCUGGUGUACACCAUGGGCUUACUCAGCUCCCUGGUGCACACCAUCCUGGCGGGGAGGUUGUCAUUCUGCCGGGCCAGAAGCAUCAACCACUUCUUCUGCGAGCUACCCACCCUGUUGCAGCUCUCCUGCUCAGACACCCGUGCAAACCAGAUCUUGCAGGUUUUCAACGCUGGGCUUAACGCUGUGGGCUCUUCCCUGAUGAUCCUGGUUUCCUACACCUACAUCCUCCAUGCUGCCCUGCAAAUCCCUUUGGUCAGGAGGAGGCUUAAAGCUUUCUCCACCUGCACCUCCCACCUGGUUGCCAUCACCAUCUUCUAUGUGCCGGCGGUGCUCGCUUAUGUCCAGCCUCACCAGGCGAGCCGGUGGGACCAGGCGAAGCUGGCCUCAGUCUGUUACGCCACCCUGACCCCCACGCUCAACCCCUUCAUCUACAGCCUGAGGAACAAGGAGGUGAAGGGGGCCCUGAGGCGCCUGUGGGUGCGAAAGCUGGUGCCCCAUCUAUCCAGGCUUUGA